AUGUGCUGCCGCCGCCUCCGCCUCCGCCGCUGCCGCCUCCGCCGCGAGAGCAGCCGCCCGCGCGCCGCGCUGGUUGAGAUGCCGGGCACUCCCCUGUCACAAGCCCUGGCGCGCCCUCCCCCCCUCCCCGGUCUGGUAGGGCGAAGGAGCGGGCGCGCGGUCGAUCGAGCGAUCGGUUGGCGGCUCUUUCUCCUGCUCUGGCAUCCAGCUCUUGGGGCGCAGGCCCGGCCGCCGCGGCGCGCGCCCGGUGGCCGUUGGCGCUCGCGCCGCGUCUUUCUUCUCGUACGCAGAACUCGGGCGGCGGCCUAUGCGUUUGCGAUUCGACGAGGAGUUGUCCGGGUGGUCGGUGGCGGCGGGCAACUGCUCCGCCCCGCUCCCGGGGAGGCGGCGGGAUUUGGCGCGGCCGGGGAAGCUGGGGCGGCCGGGGCCGGCCUGGAGGCCUGGCGCCACCCUUCGGGGCCUGCAAGGACCCAGUUGGGCGGGCAGGAGGGGGCCGGGGGAUGGUUGGUGGUGGGCUUCCUACUUUGCCUUUUUCUCCUUAUGCCGCCUUAGUGAGGGGCGGGAGCUCUGGCGGCAGCUCCGGGGUGGAGAGACAAGCUCCGGAGUCGGAAGAGCUGGGUUUGCUUCCGGGCCUAGCUACCAGCCGGCCGAGUGACCUUAGGCAAGUCACUUGGUAAUUUGUCUGCGCCUCAGUUUCCUCCUCUAUCAACGUUUGUGGGAUUGAAAGCGCUUUGUAAACUAUAAAGCGUCGGUGAAUUCCUGUGCCUCCUGGUUACCUCACCUGGACCGUCUGACCACCUUUGUGCUAUUCCAUCAGCUUACAGAUCUGGUACCUGGAUUUUUGCCCAUGGUGAUUCUACCACCUUACUACUGAAGAAGACAUCAUUCCAGUGGACCACUGUGACCCAGGAGGCAUCCAGCGAAUCAUCAUGAUGUGGCCUUCACCUCCACUCCUGUCCUUUUCUACCGAGAUUCAACACAGCCCUUUGUAGUGAAGUCAAAGUCCUCAAGUCAAAUAGCUGAAGCUAUUUUAUCACAACAAAGGCUGUUUGUUUCAUGAGUGUGCAUUUCGUUUCUUCAGUUAAAGCCUUCAGAGACACAUAAUAAAUUUGGACCAGGGGAUUUUUAGUUAUCAGCACUGUCUGAAGAAUGGCAACAUUUUGAGAACCUCAUUGGACCAUGCCCCACUAUCUUAAAUGAUUGAAAUUCAGGAAGUAUCUAAUCUGGACCCCAUUCUUUUUCCAUGUCAAAUCUGUAGUAACCUACUGAAUGAGCAAGCAGAUAUUCUGACCCAUUGGGAUUAAAACAAAGGCACAGUGAACUCACAGCAUCUUCUUUGGGAUUACUCAGGAACCAGAACUUUUCACACAAAUGUAAGAAAUUCUACCAAGGAAUCCCUUUACCUAACAGCAUCUCACAAAGCUCCAAUCAGAUUCCAGAAAAGGCCUCUUGAUACAUCCAGCAUUUUGUGAACAACUUAUUCUUAGAUCAUUGGUUUUCCAAAGGCUUUGUGGCCAUGAAGCCCUUUGAAUGAAAACUUUAUGGAAGCCCAGAGUAAAAGUGAAGCUGCUCUGGAGGAAGCAGAAUUGGGGGGCCUGAAACCUGCCACAAGCAUCUUACUUUACCACCAUGGUGACACCUAAGGAGACUUCUUUACAACAACUAGAAUUCUUCAGAACACAAGUUGGAAAACCACUGCCCUAGACAACAGUAUGUUCGACCUGAAUGGCAUUCUGUUCUGUACCUCUACCCAACACCAUCCAUGUUCAGUUGAUGCUGAACGUUCUUAGGAAUACUUACUGUGGGCAAAGUCAGAAAAGUACAAGAAGAUGGGCAUAUCUUUGCCCCCCAGAGUAGUCAUAUGGGCCGAAAGUGGUAUCAAAUGGACCUAGAGUAAUAGCCCUCUACCUACAGAUGGACUUCCAGUGAUUCCUGGAUUUGAUAUAGCCAGAGAGCAAUUUAUACAUACUCUACACUGACAAACCCCCUUACCCAGCUUCUUUCACAAACACCAGAUGCUCCAGUGGUACUUGAAAUACAUGACCUUGAAGUCUUGAUCCUCCUUGGAUACAAGAAACACCAGGUAUUGAAGCUGAUGCUGAAGUUGAUGUCUCAUUGAGGCCAUAUUAGAGCAGCUGUACAUUGGACCGCCCAUCCUCAGCCAUGGUACUCUACUUCGUGUACAAGGGAUAACUAUAAACUGAAAGCGGAAUUCAAAGACUGGCAACAUUACCUAAAAGGGUACCUGGUUAUUAUUCAUCUUCUCAGACUAUGUCACUAUCACUCAACCAGUGGCAGUUACACUAUUUCUUGGUUUUUAUUCAGUUUAACUGCUGUUUCCAGGAUAAAUGAGCUAAUAACCUUUGAAAAAUUGGUAAAACAAUUCCUCAGUCACUGGCACAUCUGCCUAGUCUCCAAAAUUAUGAAUACUCAGCUCUAACUACAUGUAAUACCUGACCCACAAGAGACAAUCUCUGAACAUCCUUUCUCAUCUGUGUGAUUUAAAAUGUGACCAUUUCGAAAAUUUUCUUCCAGCCAAGAGAGAUUUUUAAGAUGGGUGUUUUGAUGUCUGGUAACAUCAGCUGUUGAUGUUAAUGAUGUUUGGAGGUAGGCCUUUUGACCAGGCCAUGAUAGCUUACUUGGUGGGCAUCUCAAAUUGCAUAUCAUCUACCUUUUUGCUGGAAAUGUAGACUGACUUGAAAUCUACAAAGCCUGCAGCUAAAGAUUUUAUCAGUAGACUCAAGAGCUUCCUGCUGCUUCUUCCUAAUGUCACAAGACCACAGUCCCCUGUCCUUGUGGAUGUUUUCGUGGAAUUUCAUCUGUCUCAGUACCAUUGUUUUACACUGAAUCAGAGUGGCUGACUUCAUUCCUGUCAUGAAAUACUCUCAGGUAUUAAGACAACUUACCUGUUCAGGAGGGAUUUGAUUCAUGAACUCCUCCCAGACCAGAUCAUGUAGAACAAGUAGACUUUGAUUUGUGCCAUGAGAAAAGUCUCAUUUCUUCAGAGUCAACUUAAGGGCCCGCUGUCCUCAGCUACUUUAACGAAUGCACUGGUUAAAUGUUGGAAAUGUUUCUUUAUAUCUUUUGUCUCUUAUCCUCUAGACUAAUUGUGGUUAUAUGAGUCAGUCUACAAAUCAUGAAACAAGGCCUAAGUCUGGUUACUCUAUACUGCUCACCCUCAACAAAUAAAAUCUGAUGACUGGCCUCCUUGUAUAUACAACUGUUAUUUGUAAAGAAGAAAUUAUCUACAAGCUUAGUUUUUCUAUUGCCUUCAAAAUGUCAGCUCGAUUUUCUUUUUCUCCUGUACUUGACCGAAAAAGACAUUGAUCUACACUGGCAGUCAUUCCCUUUAAUCCUGUCAAAAUGAGGGACUAAAGGUAAAGAUGAUCAUCUGUUCAAGAGUCUGAUGUACACUGUGUGUAAGAAUUGAUGGUGGAAAAAGCGUAAAACUCAAACCUAGUAUCUUACUAUCUUCAUGCCUCAAAUCUCAUCUUUCAGCAGUACCAUUCAACCAGUCUGAGGCCUUGACUUGUUGAUAAGAUGAUUCUCAGAGAUGGGCUGAGUUACAGAAGAUGGAGACUUGAUUACCAAAGAAAGUAGGGCCAACCUUGAUGAACCUGGCUCUCCCAACCCUAUCACUCCCAGAUGUAGCAUAGACUCCUAAACAGAACCUCAAGUCUGGAUUAAGGAGAUAGCCUUCUCCAGAGCUGAAAGUUCUUGGGCAGAUGAGCAGGAAAAUGAAAGUUGCUGUACCUGACUGGCCCUUUAAGAUCAGAAAAUUGUAUCUAGAAUAAACGCUGUGGAUUAACCCUGGAGUACUCAGGGCUAAAACUAAUGUACAGAAUUUCGAUAUUAAACUGCCUGUUCUUCUAGAUCAUAGCCUGGCUAUUGAUAUGGCUGGCCCUGCUGAAAGUACCUUACUUACUUGCCUAUUUACCAGACACAGCCCUUGCCUGCUUUUUUGACAUAUUGCUGCAAUCAGACUGGCUGUCCUUGAGAAGACUAUAGCUGAUCUCGGUCUAUCUUAUACCCAGUUCCACCAAGGGGUUUUGAACAGAAGCAGCCUGCACCUCACCCACCAGGACUUAAUGUUCACAACAGGAAGGACCGUGCUGUAUACUCCUUGACCAGCAGCUUUUUUUUUUAACUGCAGAAGUAAGCCUCUAUGCCUAUAUAUAUUAGCUCAUUUUCAGCACUUGGGACCCUUUCUACCAGAUCUGAAGGAGGAGAGCAGGUUGAAGUCACUGUCCAUUCCUCUGUUCUACGGUAAUACAGAGAUGAAUCUGAUUUGCCAGUACUCACAGAAAUGUACCAGUCCAACCUGGCAAAAGACUUAAAGGAACAUAAGAAAACUUUUCCACUGAGCUUAAAAUUUACCACUGACUUGAUGAGCGUCACAGAACUAUUUGCCAGUGGGAGGCUGGUUGUCCUGCUUCAUGUCAGCAAGACAGUUGGGCUCUCAAACUCAGGACCACUGAGUUUACUUACAUUGAAACUCUAUUGUGUCAUCCAGAGUGUGCUAUUGGACAUGAUUAUUCCAUUCAAAUGGAUUACAAGCCUCCUGAGUAGAAGACAAACUUACUCCUCAUGAUUUUUUCCAGAAUACAUUUAUUGUCAAGGAAGGAACAAUGCCAGCUGUUACCAUUCAACUUUAUGAGCAGAGAUUAAACU